GCCAUCCUGUUUGUUUCCAAUCAGUAUAUUUUUGCAUCUAUUUUUUAGUUUUUGGCUAUAUUCAAAGCGAAUGAUAUCACUAUCCACUUCAGCGAUUGCGUUCCUCUUAAAAUAACUUUCUCCGUUUGGUCACCAGAUGGCGCCGGCGAACCAUUUAUUCUGGGUUGAAUCUUAAUGUAGCGGUUCAUCGCCAUUAUUUAUAGCCUAGCGGGCUCCUCCAUACAAACCGGUAUUCUCUCAGCUCGGUCUCUAUAUAAAGGAGUCACGAAGAAACAACAGGGCCACUUACAUUGGCAAAGCGUGCAUGUCGAGACGCACUUUUCUCCUUGUGAGUGGAGCGGGGAUUACCAUUUGAAGCGCAUACACACAUCGCAACAAAGAUUCUGACUCUUUCCCGUCUCUCUCCGGCUGGCACAUUAGCUAGAGGCACAGACAUAACAACAACAGCAACAACAACCCCUACAACAACAACAUGAAGCUCAGGCUGCUGCUGCUGCUGCUGGUCUGCUGUGCGCUCGUGUCCGGCCAGAGGAAGGCUGGUUUCCCAGAACAAGAGAAGGAACCUAAGUUCUGGAACGACUGGGCCCAGAAGACCCUGGACAAGGCUCUGUCCCUGCAGACCCUCAACAAAAACAAGGCCCAGAACCUCAUCCUGUUCCUGGGUGACGGGAUGGGGGUUCCCACGGUAACGGCUGCUCGCAUACUGAAGGGGCAGCUCAGAGGACAACCUGGGGAGGAGGGCCAGCUGGAGAUGGACAAGUUCCCCUUUGUGGCCCUGUCCAAGACCUACAACACCAACGCCCAGGUGGCCGACAGCGCGGGCACAGCCACCGCCUACCUCUGUGGGGUCAAGGCCAACGAGGGCACGGUGGGCGUGAGCGCGGCCGCCGUGCGCUCGCAGUGCAACACCACGCAGGGCAACGAGGUCACCUCCAUCCUGAGGUGGGCCAAGGACGCAGGGAAGUCGGUAGGCAUUGUGACCACGACGCGGGUGAACCACGCCACGCCCAGCGCGGCCUACGCCCACUGCGUGGACCGCGACUGGUACUCGGACAACGAGAUGCCCGCAGACGCCGUGGAGGCGGGCUGCAAGGACAUCGCCCGGCAGCUCUUCGAAAACAUCCCGGACAUCGACGUCAUCAUGGGAGGGGGCAGGAAGUACAUGUACCCCAAGAACACGACGGACGUGGAGUACCCCGGGCAGCCCAAGCACAGUGGAACCCGGAAGGACGGCCGGAACCUGGUGAAGGAAUGGGUGGACAGGAAUACUGAAAAGAAAGGACAUUACGUGUGGAACAAGAAGGAUCUGCUCUCUCUGAACCCCACCAAGGUGGACUAUCUUCUGGGUCUAUUUGAACCUGCCGACCUGCCCUAUGAUCUGGAGCGGAACAAGGAAACAGACCCCUCGCUCUCUGAGAUGGUGGAGGUGGCCAUCAAGAUCCUACGGAGGAAUCCUAAUGGGUUCUAUCUGCUAGUGGAGGGGGGACGCAUCGACCACGGACACCACGAAGGCAAGGCCAAGCAGGCCCUGCACGAAGCCGUGGAGAUGGACCGCGCUAUUGGUCGAGCUGACCUGAUGACCAGCACCUCGGACACCCUGACCGUCGUCACCGCUGACCACUCCCACCUGUUCGGCUUCGGUGGCUACACACAGAGAGGAAACUCCAUAUUUGGUCUGGCUGCUAUGAUCAGCGACGUGGACCAGAAGCCCUUCACAGCCAUCCUGUACGGCAACGGGCCCGGCUACAAACUGGUCAACGGCGCUCGGGAGAACGUUUCCACCGUCGACUACCAGGAUAACAGCUACCUGGCCCAGGCCGCCGUGCCCCUCUCCUCAGAGACCCACGGGGGGGAGGACGUGGCCGUGUUCGCCAAGGGCCCGAUGGCUCACCUGCUGCACGGCGUUCACGAGCAGAACUACAUCCCCCACGCCAUGGCCUACGCCGCCUGCAUCGGCCAGAACCGCGCCCACUGCCUGGCGUCGGCCGGGGCCACUCCGCGCCGCCCCGGCCUGGCCGGUCUGGUCGGCCUGGCGACGGUGAUGCGGCUGUUGUGUUGACCGACUCACCCCUUU